CACGCACCGGAAUACAUGCGGCUGUUGUUUUGACGUGUUUUUUUCAAACUGCAGCCAAGUGAGCGCUGACUGCCUCCAUCACUGAGGAGCAGUGACCCGCAGAGACAUGGAUCUCAUCAGUAAACCCAGGAGCAAGUCCAUCGUGUGGCUGUACUUCGGUUUGAAGGCGGAUGAGAAGGGGCAGCCGCUGAACUCCGGAGAGGCCGUGUGUCGCUUGUGCAGGAAAAUAGUGCUGGCGAAAGGUGGAAACACCACCAACCUCAGAAGUCACCUGAAGAGAAGACACCGUGCAGAUUUCUUCGACAGCUCUACCCCCACGCCCCCCGGAGCCUUGUCCGAGUCUCCAGGUUUCGAUCUCAACCAUGAAGAAUACUUUGAGGAUGUUCCAUUUCUGCAGAACACUUCGAAUCAGAACUACGUCCCGGAUGCGGUGCUGCCCCCCGGGGAGCCCUGGCUCCAUGGCGGCCCCUCUCGAGCAGUGCUGUCCCUGCCUUCCUACCUGGGCCUGUGUGGGGAGGAUGGGUCUCUCAUGUCUGGUCCUGGAUCUUCUGGCGAGGAGCCGAUGGGAGAGAUGAAAGUGUACGCCAAGUGUCACCUCCAGCAAGGCGUCAUGUUUGGGCCCUACAUAGGAGAAAUGUGCAGGGGUCAAAUGCCAAACAGCCUCAAAUACUCCUGGGCUAUCAGAGAUGACGCUUCCUUCAUCUACAUUGACGCUUCUGAUGAAAAUAAAUCCAAUUGGAUGAGGUAUGUUACAUAUACGAGCAAUGAGGAGGAGCACAAUCUAUUUGUCUUCCAGUUUUACCGCCACAUCUACUACAAGGUUUCCCAGCCCAUCCCCGAGGGAGCACAGCUCAGAGUGUGGAUUGGGAAGGAUUACGCCACCCUGCUGGGCCUCGGGAUGGGCGAUAAUGUAAAAUGUGAAAUCGGAGAAAAGGAAACAGCUCUGCGCCUCCUGCAAGACAUCCAGUUGGUCACCCUCCCGGAGCCGUGCAGCACUCCCCUUUGGUCAGAUCACAGCCAAUCACAGAGCCCCAUGCCUGUCAUCAGUGACGUGGCGACGGUGUCAAAUCCAGACUCGGCUGUUGAUCCAGGGGGGUUGUGUGGCUCCGCCUUCCCCUCUACUUCCAUCAUGUCCUUCCCGCUCCCCAGCUCCCAGCUGAUGGAAAAGUACGAUUUUAUGCCUGGAACAGAAAAACUGCUGAGUAGCCAAAACGUCACGCAACACAGCCCGUGGUACUUUUUCGGUUUCGAGCCGGACCCAACCGGUCGGCCCCUGGACCGGAGCGUCGUGGUGUGUAAGCUGUGUGGGGAGCGGGUGAGCUGCGCGGGAGGAGCUGCGGACCUCCAGAACCACCUGACCAGCAAGCACCACAUCAGAACACGGGACUGCAACAAGGAGCGGGCUCUUCUGAUAACGGGACAACAACACCCUCACUCCCUGAUAGCUCCCAACGGCCUGGUCAGCACAUUCCCCCAUGUUCUGUCUGCUCAAGUGACCCAUGCCAUAACCAACUUCAUCAUCAUGGAUCUCCAGUCCCCGGCUCUGGUGGAAGGGGAGGGCUUCAAGCAGCUGAUCCUCACCCUCCUGCCCUCCUGCAAGGAUCUGCCGUCACUUUGUCAGCUGGAGUACCUCCUGAGAGAACACCACAGCAGGGGCAAGGCCAGGCUGUCCCAGCUGCUGAUGAGGAAAACAGGAGGUGGGGAGAACGAGGAGAUAUCUGACUAUACCGCUCCAAUCGAGUGUGAGCCCAGGAGACGCGGCCGACCUCCUGGCAGUCGGAGGGAAGUUAAUCACUAUGUCACUGUAAGUGUUGACAUUUGGUCGCACAACUGGCAAGGCAACCCCGAGAGGUACCUCACCGUCUGGGCACACUGCAUAGACGCCGGUUUUAUCUCUAAGAAUCUGGCCCUGGCAACCCAAAGACUGAAGGAGUGUGGGGUGAAAGACUACACCCUUCAAGCAGUGGAGACCCAAGUCAAAGGGAUGGCACAGGAGUGGGGGAUCUUUCAGCCUAAUCUGGUGCUGCUGGGAGGGGAAGGAAGGAAUAAAAUGAGGCUUGGGACAAUAAAGGGGGAGAAAGGUGGAGAGGCGGCAGUAAGCGUCCCUCACCCGAACUCAACAACAUUUCCUGAAAGGGAUGAAUCUGUGUCCCCCGAGGAACCACAUGGCUCUGAGUGCAGCCAAUCCAGUGAGGGGCUUCCAUCUAUUCCAUGCUUCUUCAGCAUUGUGCAGGACUGCAUCGAGGAAUUAAUGUCCCAUCAUGUCAUCUCCAAGACCCUCGGCCAGUUUCAGGGUAUUGUAUCAACACUGUUCCUGCCACCUGCUUUAAACAGAGGCUCAUAUCAGCAUCAUGUCCAGAGUCUGCUGCAGACGCUGACGAGACAGGAACAGGCCGAGCUGAAGUCCUGGGCUCAUUGUCAGCCAGCGUGGAAUAAGCUCUACCCUCUACUGAGCAUGCUCAUCAAACAUAAAAGCCUCGUCUGUGAUGUAAUAAAAGAGAUGAAAAUGCAGGGCUUGUCCAAAGGAGACACUGCUUCAGAAACCAGUUCAUCAGGCGGCUGCCACGCAAACUCCACCUCCAACACGGCCUCAGCAAACGUCACAAUGCGUUCUGACUGGAAGGUCCUGGAGGAUCUGUGUUUGGUGCUCAGACCUCUGGACGUGGCCUGUCGGACCCUCGCCAAGGAGGCCUUCCCUCGUCUGUCCCUCAUCAAACCCAUUCUCAUCGGCCUGCUCUCGCGCCACCUGGUCUCACGGCCGGGAGAUUCGUCAUCCAUCUUAAAGGAAGUGAAGAGGAUGAUGAGGCGAAACUUGGCGAGCGGCUACGACAACCCUGUGGUCAACAGGGUUCUGUGCGUGGCGUGCUCCCUUGACCCACAGUUCCAUGGGCUGGGCUUCAUGGAGGAAAAGGAUCAGACGGCCACAUUUGAUUGGUUGAAGAAAGAGGCCGUCAGGAUUGCGAAGGAGGAAAGGGGGAGGAGCCAUCGUAAGAGCCAGAGCAAGAGAAGCUCCUCCCCCGGGUCUCCAGCGUCAGAUAGCGACUACCGGCGGAGGAGCAAACGCCUCAAAGACUCCCGCCCAGUCAGCUUCAGAGAGGCCGAUGAUGAUGACGAUGACGAGAGUGACAUUGUAGAGGCCGAUGAGAACGAGACAGCGGACCCCGCCUCCCAGCGUGCGCUCUCCGGUAUGGAGUUCCUGCUGGGAGACCUGUUCUGCUCGGCCCCCCCGAGCAAGCAGAGCUCUGCUGAGGAAUCUGUAGACAUGGAGAUGUCUGUGUUCAGGGCCGGUAAGGGGGCCUCACUGGGGGUGGAGCCUCUGCAGUGGUGGAGGACGAAGGCCGUUCAGUUUCCACUGUUGGCAACAGUGGCACGGGCCUACCUGGCCGCCCCAGCCGUGGCAGGCAGCGCCGCACUGGACUUUUUGCGGGAAGGGGUGGGAACCAUGUACAGAAAGAGAGCCAACAUUCCACCGGAAAGUUUGGACGCAAUCCUCUUCCUGCACUACAACCACAUGUCCACCUGUGAUGCUGAGCAAACAGCAGUUAAGAAUGAGGACAAGAACAGUGGGAGUGAGAAGGUCCUAUAAAACACAAACACACACUAAACUUAUCCAGAUUUAAACUGGAUUACUACUAUAAACCAAAGCCCCACAUGAAAGCUAGAGUUGAUAAUCCUGGAGAAACUAGCGUGAGCAGGCUAUACUUAUGUAUAAAAAUACAGUCCAUACAUCCCAUCCCCUCCUUUCAGCCGACUGGGAGGUAGGUUAGUGACACACAGGCAUGCCAGCCAUUCAUUUCUUUCAGUCCAAAGGAAUCAGUCAAUUGGAUAGAUUGGAUCACUGUACGACUGACUCACAGUUAAAUUUCUUCUGUGUAUUAUAAACUCUGUAGUAUCUAGUGCCUUACCUUGUUUAAAUACAGUAGAUUGAAAGACAUUCUUAUUUUUUUUAUCCUUAAUGCCAAUUUCCAAGAAAGAUAUGGUGUAUAACUGUAUAACACUGUGGUUGUAUUGUGUAAAACUUCCACCUUGUGACUCAACUAUUGCAUUUGUUUUGUGUUCUCCAAAGACUGACUAUUAGCUCACUUCUAUAUAGAAGGAAUUCAACAAUUGUUUCAGUAAAUGAAACAACCCUUGUGAAAGAUCUAGGAGGAUCUGUCGGCAGGAAGGGAAAAUAAUAUUAACAUUCACAGUGAUGUUUUUAUUAGUGUAGAAUCACCUGAAACUAAGAAUCCAGUUUUUUUUACCUCAUGAUGAGCCCUUCAUAUCCAUAUCUGUUGCAGUCAUCAACCAUACUGUUGUUGUUUCUGCAGUAGCCCAGAACGGACAAACCAAAUCCUGGUUGAAGAGAGAGUCUUAUACAGUUUGAUGGUGCCUGAAGGCCACAGUUGGUUCUCCUACACAUUCAUAAAUUCUCUUCAAUCUUAGACCUUGUUUAGAUCGUACAGUCUAUGGUUUAGACCUGGUUUUAAAAUCUGUCUUGAGUGGUGAGAACGCAAGUGAUCUUUUGGGUGCUUUCGUGUGUGAAAGCACCCAAGAGUGUUCUGGAAUCUGAUCACUCAGAACUCUUUGGAGAUGAUGCAGGUGGCCACAAACAAAUCAACCAAUGGUAACAGAGAAGCAUAAAAAUAUGAUUAAAAGGCACCAGCUGUGUGCUCGCAUGUUUUAACAGUUUGAUCAUAAACAUAUUACCUAUACUGAGUAAACUUUGCUGCCUUAUGUAAAAUUGUAGAGAAUCUUGUUUACUGCUUGUUAUUGCUGUAUUUCACGAGGUAAUAUAAAGAAGUGUAUAACACUUUUCAGUUCUACAUUAUAUAAAGCAGUGAUUUAAACCUACUUUUAUUGUUUUACACCA